AGGUGACGUGCCUUGGACGUAGAACGAGGCAGAGCCUUCGAAGAAGCUCCCUAGCCGGCGGGUAUCGGAGUAUCAGUGCGCCGACAUCUCCGUCAUCGCACGGUCGCCCAGCAGAACGAUCGGGAGUCCGCAGAACGCGUCUCGACGUCCCGAAACAGCGUCCGCCGAUUUUCGCGAGUCCAGAUCAGCUGAUUCGCGCGUUACGCGAAAAAGUUUUCGCUCGAGUGGUUUUUGGUGUGGUCGGAGUGUGAUCUAGUGCAUAAUUCCCUGAUGGGACAGCGUUAGAGUGUGUGGAAUUUUGUUUGUUGCACUUCUCGAGUUUUUGAGAUCUCUGUAUACAAGUUGUCGCUCAAAAUAGAAGAUUAUUCCAGCGAUAAUGUGAGGCGUAAAGGUUUUCGGCAAGAAGAUGCAAUUCAACACCAUAGGAAGGGAGAGGAAAGGUUCAGUUAGCGUGAAUGUCACUAACUGGUUUUCGUCGCUCAAAAGGAACAAGAAGCCUAAAAAUGGUAUCAAGCAAUCGACUCAGUCUAGGAGCGUGUGGGACCUUUCCACGUUGUCCAGAAGGCAACUCAAAGAUGAGCUCUGCGAGGUGGUCUCGGAGAUGGAAUCCCUGGACACUGGGGAGGACGGGAAAAAUAGCAACAAGGCGAAGAUGAUGUCGAUAGGUCGGAAGAAGUUCAACAUGGACCCGAAGAAGGGCAUCGAAUUCCUGAUCGAGAAGGGCCUGCUGCAGAACACGCCGGAGAGCGUGGCGCAGUUCCUCCACAAGGGCGAGGGACUGAACAAGACCGCCAUCGGCGAUUACCUGGGGGAGAAGAACGACUUCAACGAGAACGUGCUCCAGGCGUUCGUCAACCUGCACGACUUCACCGAUCUCAUUCUAGUGCAAGCUUUAAGGCAAUUCCUGUGGAGCUUCCGGCUGCCCGGAGAGGCGCAGAAGAUCGACAGGAUGAUGGAGUGCUUCGCGAAGAGAUACUGCGAUUGCCAGGGCGAGAACAACAUUUUCGAGAAUUCCGACACUUGUUACGUUCUCUCCUUUUCCAUAAUCAUGCUGAACACCAGCCUUCACAAUCCGAGCGUGAAGGACAAGCCGACGGUGGAGCAGUUCAUCAACAUGAACCGCGGCAUCAACCAGGGGCAGGAUCUUCCGAGGGAGUUAUUAGUGGGUUUAUACGAUAGUAUAAAAGCAGAACCAUUCAAGAUACCAGAGGAUGACGGCAACGACCUAAUGCACACCUUCUUCAACCCAGACAAGGAAGGAUGGCUUUGGAAACAGGGCGGAAGGUACAAGAGUUGGAAGAGGAGAUGGUUCAUCCUCAACGACAAUUGCCUGUAUUAUUUCGAGUAUACGACGGACAAAGAACCCCGCGGCAUCAUACCGCUAGAAAACAUUUCAGUUCGCGAGUGCACGGACCGUCAAAAACAGCACUGUUUCGAGCUAUACGCCAGCGGUGGCGCUGACUUCAUAAAAGCCUGCAAAACGGACUCCGAGGGUAAGGUGGUCGAAGGUAAGCACACGGUUUACAGGAUGUCCGCGAGUAGUGAAGAAGAGAAAAGUGAAUGGAUGAACCGUUUAAGACAGAGCAUAAGUCACAAUCCGUUUUACGACAUGUUGGCUAGUCGAAAGAGGAAAGCUCAACACCACAUGCUACAAGGGAAGAAUUGAUUGACGAGAGUGCGCAAUUUUUUCAGUUCGUGUAUGUGUUACUUCUAUUCCCGGUUAUAUUUACCGCUGCAGAAUAAAUUCGAAUUGUUUUGAAUCGUUCCAGUACAAAUUUUAAAAUCUACGUGACGAAUUUCCGGAAAUCAGCAUCGAUCUCAAUUAUGUAUGGACUUAGUUGAAGUUGAUACUGCCCUAAAAACUGUUUCCCAGUCGCAUCGCCGGAUGCGACCAGUGUUUUGGUUAUCCGAAUGUCAUACGUCAAGAUUGUUGACAAUUGACACAUCUGCUGUCACUUGUCUAAAAGUGAUUUGAAUCAUACAAUGGUAUAAUUGUAACUUUUAAUCGAUAUAUUUAUAAUUUUAUCCGCAUUGUUUUAUGCAGAUCUUCAAUGGAUCCCAUCUUGAUGAAAAUCUUCCUGUAUUUUAUAAAAUUUAUCGAUCGAAGCAAUUUGCACACAUGUUUUUAGAAUUAGGUGUGAUAUUGAAGGUCUGCGUUAAAAAUGCCGUCCAAGAAUCUUUCCUUUAAAUCUUCAUACACCUAGUGACUGACCAAGGCUAGUGUUUAUUAUAUUUAGCUUUAUGGUAUUUUCAACACCAAGAUAUGCAAUAGUUCAAAAAUUUACAUAGUGCCAUAGCACUAAAAUUGAAGCAAAGUGAUAUUGACCAACUGUAGGUAACGAAGAAUAUAAUUUUAUGAAGGCUUGCUAAUGUUUAAGUCUUUGUAUCAUAUUUUGUAUAUAGUUAUUAUUUUUUUCAGAGUGUUCAAUAAAAAAUUUUGAGCAGCGAAUAAAUGUUCUGAUUACGCAUAUCAGUUCUAAAGUUGAAAAAACUUUUUGAUUAUAUUUCUUACGUGUUCACAUAAAGAAACUAUUUCAUACUUUGAUUAUUCAUGUAAUCUCACAACAUAUAUAUUAUGAUAUAUGAAUAUGCAUAGACAAUACAAUUUUUCAAUAACUUUCUUAUUUUGUCUCCUACCUUCUAUAUUUUGUAAUUUUUCUGUGAAAAUGGUUUAUUUUUAGAUAGUUAAUUUUCGGUGGAAAAAAAACAGUAUAUUAUUCCUAGUCGAUAAGGUGAGGAAAGGAAUUUGUGCCGUUAUAUUUAUGUUAAUUUUUGUAAGAUAUAUUUAUUGAAGUUUGUUUUAUAGUGUAUAAAAUAUUGUAGAAAAAUAUGUUCUUUGUGUAAAUAAAUAUUAUUUGUAAA